GCAGAGUGACUCAAAUGGAGGUGGUUUCGUUUUAGUCGCCUAAAAGAAAGCGAACGGUUCGUUGUGUUAGGAUUUAAAAAAAAAAAAAAAAAAACACUCAUAGUUAUUAUUAAGAGUACGCUACUAUGGAGAACGGCGAGUGCAGUGGCCAGGUGUCCACAGAGCCUAUCAGGACUCAUGAUUUUUCCGAGAAGGUUUUGGAGCAGAUGGUGCAUUUCCAUGUGAUGAAGCUCACCGGGGGUUUUUUCCUCUGGAUCGGCACCAGUCCUGUCCUUUCAAACCUGGCGGUUUCGAUGAACAGCAGAUUUGACUCCAUGCCUUUGUCUACUCUGGUACUAGGAGAUUCAUCAGACACGACCCCAACUUCCCUAGCACAGAGACUGACAAAGAAGACCAAGAAGCAGGUGUUUGUGAGUUAUAAUCUUCCAGUGACCGACUCCAAUUUAACGAUGUUAGUGGAGAACCGAAUAAAAAAGGAGAUGGAGCUCCACCCUGACAAAUUUUAACUUCUUUCUACUGUGUAUUUUUCAACGCUGCAUGUUUUGUACAUAGUUGAACUAAUAAAUGUUAACCAAAUACC